AUGGGUUCAGCAUACACUAUAUUAGGUAAACAAGUUCCAGCACACGUUUUGUCCAUUCUUACAUUGGGUUCAGUUGCUGCUGGUGUUGCUAUUCCAAAGCUUUUAAGGAGCAACGAUGUGAAAAAGGAAGCUGUUGCUAUGCCAGCUGCUCCAGUAGCUCAAUCCAAGGAAGAUGACUUCGAUUUGGAGAAAUUCUUAAAUGACUUAACCAAGGAAGAGACAAAGUAG